AUGAAGCUUCUGAUUCUGCUCUUCAGUGUACUAGCUGGUGCUUCCGCAAAGCCCCAGGGAUACAAUCUGUCACCACCUUCCGGUUCAUCUUUGCUCCCACGAACAUGUAGCAACGGGCAGGUGUUGCAUGUGGACGGCAGAUGCGUAACUCCAAGAGUCAACCGUCGUGUGUUUUUGUAUGAUGUGCCAAAAACUCCCACACCAGCAGGUCCUCCACCUUUUAUCCCUGCACCGACUGUCGAGACCAACCUUUUGUUCAUCCGAACUCCUGAAGGAGGACAAGGACCAGAUCCUAUCGUAGUACCUCCUCCACAAAGGGAACACGUCUUAUACAUCCUCAAUAAGCAAUCCGAUGAAGGUCAGAAGGUGAUCGAAGUUCCAGCUCCGCCACCUUCUGAACCUGAAGUGUACUUCGUCAACUACGCUGAAGGAGAGAAUCCAACUCUUCCAAGUGGAGUAGAUCUGCAGACUGCCUUAGAUGCGGCUUCUGAUGGAGGCGGUCAAGUAGUCGGAGGUUCUGGUGCAGGUAUUGCAGUUUUUUCUGGAAUCAGCAAUGGUUUUGGAAACUCGAAUGGUAUCGGCAGCAACAACGGGCUUACAAUUACCAAUGGUUUAAGUAGUAACGGUUUCGGAAGUACCAACGGUUUUGGAAGCACCAAUGGCUUUGGAAUUGCCAACGGAUUUGCAAGCACAAAUGACUUUGGAAGUACUAACGGGUUUGGAAGCUCCAGUGGUUUUGGAAGUACAAACGGGUUUGAAAACGCUAAUGGCUUUGGGAGUACCGACGGCUUUGGACGCACCAGUGGCUUUGGAAGUACCAACGGGUUCGGAAGCACCAAUGGUUUUGGAAGUCCGAAUGGGUUUGGCAGCAGCAACAACGCCUUUGGAAUCACUAAUGGUUUUGAGAGCAUCAGUGGAUUUGGUACAAGUGGAGUGAGCGGCAACGGAUUUGGAAGUACUAAUGGGUUUGCAAGUCCCCGUAGCUUUGGAAGCGCCAAUGGCUUUGUAAGUACCAAUGGGUUUGGUAAUAGUGGAUUUAAUAACAACAAUGUUUUCGAAGGCUCUUUUACUCUAGGUGGCAAUGGUUUUGCAAGCAGCACCAGUCAUGACAACGGCAUUGGUUUUGCGAGCAAUGAUGCCCAAGGAAGUAAUGGAGGUUUGGCAAUUAACGGUGGCAGCGGUAUCGCCACUCUCCCAAACAGCGGACAAGCUUCAUCACUACCACAGUUGUAUACAGCACCUUAA